CUGGCAACCCAGAGGGGAAGGGGGAGAAAAACAGCAAAGGCACCAAGAAAGGAAGAAACGACAUAGAGACUUUACUUCAACUUAGCCUAGCUAAAUUAUUACCAGUUUAUAUAAACGUUAUAAAUGGAGAGAGAAGCGCUGUAACGCCUGGUUCACACGUGACACCCGCUGACAUAUCAGUCCACAAUGCGAACGCACUGAAAGCGCUGUACAAUUCGACUGAAACACAUUUAUACACAUUAGCUAGCUAAUUUAGCCUGAUAGCACAGAAGUUAGCGUUUUAGCUAACGCAUCAUUCCUGUCUGACUUCAUUCGCAUAAAUUCGUAACAAAAAAAGACAACAACGCUGGAUUCUGCUCCGAAGCCUCCAGAAGUAAGUUCCAGAUGACGAGGUUAACGGCGUUGUGAUUCGCAUUUCCCACUUACAUGGAAGGAAAGUAACCACUGGCUAUCGCCUCCCAUGCCGUGGAAACGUCAGGAUGAAGAAGACGUUUAGCCUUAAGACGUUCAGAAAGUCGUUCAACAUCAAGGGCAAAGAGGAUGGAGAUUUCGUGAUGCUCCAAAAGCCUUCGUUGGCCCCCGAGUUCACAAAAGACGACUCUCUUUUUGGAAGUUGUUACGCCAAAGAGCUAGCUUGUGACCUCCAUAGUGAGGACGCAAGGGCACACAAGAACAGAUCCAAGAGUGAAGGUCUUAUGGGGACCUUAAAAAGGAGACUUUCUUCUAAGCAGAAACCUAAAAGUAAAGGAGGAUCAUCCUCGGUGGGCUUGGGAGAUGAUGACGACACGUUCUCGUCCUCUUCGGUCCCCAUAAGCUUUAAUGAAGCCAAAGCCCAACGCCCUUUAAGAUCAGCUUCCCUGCGGAGUCAUCACUACAGCCCUUCCCCGUGGCCCAUAAGAGCUGUUGACCCUGAAGAAGCCUGCAUUAAGAUGGAGGUGAAGGUAAAAGCCAUGGUUCACACACCUAGCUCCAGUCCGUCCCUUAAUGGCGUCAGAAAAGAAUUCCAUGACAUCCAAAUGGAGGGGAUUUUUGAUGAUCGCAGUGAGUCUAUGAAGACUUUAGAGCCUGCAAACAGUGACUUACAUUUAAACAUGGAAGAACACGUGCCUGUAGAAAUUGGACUUAUGCCUCAGGACUACAUCCAGUACACCAUGCCUUUAGAUGAGGGAAUGUACCCCGAAUCAUCCCCCUCGUUGUGCUUGAAUGGCACAUCACCGACAGAGGUGAUGGAACAAGUCAAUGAUGAAUCGUUGAAUGUUGAUCAAGGCCAGAUUGACCACGCUCUUUUAACAUCAGAUAUUCUCAUGGACCAGUCCAUGAACGGGAUUGUACUCGGUACUCCAGGAAUAGUCCUUCAGAAUUCAGGAUCCGAGGCUCCUUCACUUUCACCUUCGCUUUCCCCUGUUUCUGGUGGCGAAACACCAAGAACCUAUUCCGGAUUUGGCGGUGCCGAUUCACACGUCGCCGAAAGAGUGAGGCACCAUCUCAAUUUCGACCCAAAUUUUGCUCCUGGUGUCAGCAGGGUAUACGAUUCAGUACAAAGCAGUGGACCAAUGGUUGUCACAAGCCUUACAGAAGAGCUGAAGAAACUGGCUAAGCAGGGUUGGUACUGGGGACCUAUAACGCGAUGGGAAGCUGAGGACAAACUCAUCGACCUUCCGGACGGUUCGUUUUUGGUGCGCGAUAGCUCAGACGACCGCUAUCUUCUCAGUUUGAGCUUUCGAUCGCAAGGAAAGACUCUUCAUACCAGGAUCGAACAUUCGAACGGGAGGUUCAGCUUUUACGAACAGCCCGACGUAGAAGGUCACACGUCCAUCGUCGACCUCAUUGAGCUCUCCAUUAAGGACUCCGAAAACGGCGCGUUCUGUUACUCCAGAUCGCGCCAACCAGGAUCUGCGACGUACCCAGUCCGACUGACCAAUCCCGUAUCUCGUUUCAUGCAAGUGCGCUCGCUGCAGUACUUGUGUCGGUUCGUUAUUCGACAGUACACACGGAUUGACCUGAUUCAGAAACUACCUUUACCAAACAAAAUGAAAGAUUACUUGCAGGAAAAGCACUACUGAACUGGGAUACAGUAGUAAAAUUGCACUUUUGGAUCAAGUUGAUGUUAAAUGGUUUACAGACAUUUUGUGGAGUGAUCCGUUAGGUUUGUUUUGUAUCAAAAGUUUAUUUCAUCUUGGUCAAUUUGUUGUUGCUCAGAUUCACUAUAAAGGUACACUUUUGUUAUGGAUCUAUUGGGGAACCUGAUAGAAUCCUAGUCAAAAAUGUUUGACGAACAGUAGUCACUAAUUCUCGAAACUAAUGGUUUUACGCUGCUGUUAUACCAUGUAGGACAUAACUAAAGUUCCAUAUAGUUUAGUCUAUUAAAGGAAAAGUCCACCCUGACACUCACUGCAUAUGCAAAUAUUGAAAUAUUUGUGAUGUGUCCAGCAAUUCUGGUGCAAAUGAUUUGAUUUAUGUUAUGUUACGAGUUAUGUCUGCACAUUGAAAGUACAGUUACAGUCGUGUGUGAUAGGAUAACGGGGACAGCAGUAAGGAUUCACCCCUAAAAAAGAUCAAGAGAUUUUUUUUCUCACUCACCAGAUUCCAGAUGUUUAAAAAGCCAGCAAGGAAGCACUGGAAUUCAGCUCAGCUAGUUGGCGAUCUAGGACGUGAUGAGCACUGACGGCGAUAAUAGCAAGUUUGAGCAGAGUGUACAGAUGUGGAGGUGAGAGAGCUGGACAGGCUGAAGGACUAAAGCACUGCUGCAGAAAUGAGAAAUGACAGAAACGGUAGAAAUGAUGCUAUUAUUAAAAAAAAAAAAAAGGAUAUGUUGUUCAGGGUGGAUUUUUCUUUUAAGGGUGGGUAAUGCUGAUGAAGUCAAAAUAAGCUCAAGAAUCAGGAAAUGCUAGUCAUGACCGAUGUCAGAUCAGAAUAAUAACCAGGCUUUGAAAUAUGCGUGUAAUUGUUUUAUUGCCAUUCAUAUCGCACUAUUUGCUCCAGGUGCGGUAAUACUUAUCAGUGCAAGGGCGAGAGGCUUGAUAAAUGCAUUAAGAAAUGCAUCCAUCUCUUUUAAUUAAAACAGCCUCAGUGAUGCUCAGCUUUAUAUUUUGAUGUACUAGUAUUUCUCCUCUAAUUUCACUUGAAAUUACAAUUUUUAAAUUGCCAUCUGUACUUUUCAUGUAGAUGAAUCAGACUGAUUAAUUAAAUCGCUGUCCAAAACUUGGAUUCAAUCAGAGUUGGAACGAAUAGCUUUUAGUUAAAAUUCAGAUUUUGUACUGAAAUGCGAUUUUGGGCAGCAAGUUGCUUCCCUUAUAUGUAUGUGAUUAAAGUGUGAGUGAGGAUGAUAUGUUCCUUGCACCUGCCUAAAUACACUAUAUUGCCAAACGUUUUGGGAUACCCAUCCAAAUCAUCGAAUUCAGGUGUUCCAAUCACUUCCAUGGCCACAGGUGUAGUACAUCUUCAGCAUACCAAGACAUUUUGGACAGUUUCAUCCUCCCAACAUUGUGGGAACAGUUUGGGGAUGACCCCUUCCUCUUCCAACAUGACUGCACCCCAGUGCACAAAGCAAGGUCCAUGAAGACAUGAAUGAAUGAGUUUGAUGUGGAGGAACUUGUCUGGUCUGAUGAAUUAGAGCGGAGACUGUGAGACAGACCUUACAAAUGCGCUUCUAGAGGAAUGGUCAAAAAUUCCCAUAAACACACUCCUAAACCUUGUUUAAAGAGUUGAAGCUGUUAUAGCUGUAAAGGGCUAUAGUAAACCCUACAGAUUACGAAUGGGAUGUCAUUAAAGUUCACGUGCAUGUAAAGGCAGACGUCCCAAAACUUUUGGCAAUAUAGUGUAGUUUGUAGCCUACUAAAUGGUUUCUUGUGAGAUAGAAAUGAGCAUGGUUCAUUUUGCCAACAAAAGCAUGUGAUUCAGCUCUCUGGAACUGAAGUAAACUUUUCCGUUUGUCAUGUUUUUAUAUUCGCUUUCCCAUUACUGUCCAGUUUUUUUUAGUCAAGAACCAAGACCAGAUGGUCUUCCGUCAUCUCAAUUUCCAUUGUUACCUUGUUCAGGACUAACAGUAAUAAAGCCGAUAAUAAUGCAUCUUCACUGGCAGCUACAGAUAAACGUUUGUAAAUGGCUAAAUUCAGCAUCUGAUUUAGUUACGUCUGAUUAUUUGCGCAGGAAAACAAGACUGCACCUGAUGCUCAGGUUUUUUUGAUUAGCACAUUCAAAUCUCUGCAACAACAAAUUAACAUUUUCUACCACUGCACAUGCAAGUUUGUAUUAGGCAUGCGCCGAUAAUCAGUUAUAUAUUAUAGCAAAGGUAUAACUCACCAUCUCUUACCGCGGACACAAAAUGAUCAUUAGUAACCCUGUGUUCCAUUCAGGUAGAGGUAAAGGCUUUAUUUUAGACAGAUUUCAGAGCAAUUCUGUUAUCGAGAUAUUAGAAAAAGAUUGCAGGCAAAACUGUAGCUCAGCUGAUUUCUUUGGACUCAUUUAAUCAUUCAGUUACGAACAUUAGAAAAAUGCAAUAUCGGCACAUGCCUUAACAAAUUGUCACAUAUCCAACAUGCAGGUCAAACAAACAUGCCAAGGAUCUUGUUGUGUUCAAAGGGAACAGAUGAAGAAUGCUGUUUUUUUUAUGUUUCUAUGUGUGAUUUUUGUGCUUCCUACAGUAUUUCAUCAAAUUGUUUUUAUCACUAUCAAUGUUGUGUGUUAACAUCUCGGUCGUCCCCCCCCCCCACACACACACAUACAAACGUAUCGACCUAAUAUAAAGAGUUGCUGAAUGGUAAUUAACGGAUUCACUAAUUUUGUUGGGAGAAACAAUUGUGAAACCUGGGUGAGUGAUGUCAUUCACGUGCACAGCUUUAUAAAGAUGUGUUACUACAUUUCCGAAUAAAGUCAGUGACUGAAGUUCUUUCC